AUGAAAUAUCGUGUAGAGAAAUAUUUAUUCUAAUUUUAGAUCUCCCACCAUGACUUUUUUUUCAACUCUACAUUUUAAGAAGCAUUACUAACGUUCUGGCACCUUUCCACUAUAUAAAAUUAUCUCGGCUUAUCUGUUAGUAACGGUGAAGUAGGAGGAAGAUGUUAAUAUAAUUAUUUUUUUUAUCAUAAUAUUUUGAAAAAAAUCGUAGACUGUUUGGAAGAAGGUUCAUUGUUUAUUUCUGCAGGUUAUCCAUGAUUUACGCUCUCAUGAUUCUAGGUUCUGAAAUAGACCUAAUUAAGUAGCAAAGUUUCUAAGCCUCUAGUUUUGUGAACUAUUGCAGAAAAUCUUUUGUUAUAAGAAGUCUACAUGUAUCAGACUAAAUUCUUUGUCAAAUGAAGUGUUACGUAAGGUAGAUGAAGUGUUAUUUUCAUGGCUGUGUGUUUACAAGUAAAGGUUACAACUGCGAAAAGGGUGGGCUGUAAUUAGUUUUAGCUCUUUACGGAAGACUGAAGUUUAUUAUAUGAGACUGUACAAGUGACUGCUAGACUUCAUCAUUUUUUAGGAAUGAUUGACUGGAUUUUGGAAAUAUUGUAUAAUAACUAUCGCUUAAUUAAAAAUUGAUUUAUCCAAUGAGUGAACAAUGUUCUGCAACGAUUUAUCCCUGGUGCUAUUAAGGCACCGACAAAUUGCUCCCUUUAUGGUGGGAAAGUGUUUCAUUACAAGGUAAACAUUAAAAAGAAUGGAAAUAAAUGAUACAAAUGUUGAAGUACUCUAUGAUUUUGAAUAUGCAACUAAAGAUGGGCAAACUAUUACUAUUAAGGAAGGAGAAAAGUUACUUUUGUUGAAAAAAACAAACAGUGACUGGUGGCAGGUCAUAAGAAGUACUGGUAGAAGACCUUUCUAUGUUCCGUCUACUUAUGUUCGCAUUUUGGAAGGUUCUAAGGAUAAAGUAGUUGUUGAUGUUGCCAACAAAAAGGAGAAACCUAAGCUCCAAGCAAGCCCCGUCACUCCCCCUCACAAUUUCACAGUCAGUGUCAAUAUCAAGCCUGGCCCCGGGGAUGUUACUAAGAAAAAGAAGAGCUCAAGUAAAACUAAAGUGAUGUUGAAUUGUGACUCAGAUAAUGAAGUCUUAUCAACUGAUAAGGUAUCUGAGAGAUAUGGUCAAUUGCCCACACCUGAUUAUUCCAUUGUACAAAUGCCAAAACAAAAAGAUGAUACUACUGCAGAAGCUAAUAUUCUGGAUGAUAAUUUAUCAAGUUCACUUGCAGAGAUGGCUCAACAGAUCAAGUUCGAAUCAGUUAAAAUCAGGGGAGGAGAAAGGCUCAGGUAUUCUGGAAGUUUCAAGACCGAAUAUGAAAAAAAGAUUCUCCUUAGGUCGUUCUCUGGCAGCACCCCUGAUCUCACAGCUGUUGAUAAUCAGGAAAAAGAAGAGAGGGAUGUUAAUCGCAUUAAAAGUGUUGAAGAACUAAAAAGUGAUCAGGAAAAUAACAUUGUGGUAAAAGGAAUCAAACCUAUAAUUAAUAUCAAGAGCUUAGGAGAUAUAGCUGAAAAACUUGAGAAAAACAUGGCCAAGUUUCUCAAUAGCAACAUGUCCAUGAGCUAUGUCGAAAAUAACAAUUUAAAGGAUAGUACUGAUUCUGUUGAAAGUGGAAGGGCUAGUGGUGAAACUGGUGGUGCUUCAAGUAGUGAUAGUAUAGAGUUGAAACCCAAAAUACCUGUAGCCAAACCUCGAAGAAGUCUUCGACCAAAGCAGCAGGAAGAAGUAAUAUAUGCUAACUGCCAAGAAUUGAUGAGGGGUGAGAGUCCUGCUAAUGUUCCGGAUUUACCUUCUGGCUGGAAUACACAAGUUGAUACCGAAACUCAUCUAACAUGUUAUGUCAAUGCAAUAACAGGGGAUAAGUGGCAUUCAGCAAGUGAUGCUCUUGGGAGAGUUUAUUAUUUUCGUGAAAACAGCUCGGAAUCGUCCUGGACGCUCCCAACUCAUCAAGCCCCCUCACCUGAACCCCCACCGCAGGCUGAAGAAAUGGCUGCCAUAUUUAAUAAGAUCAGCAAUAUCGAAUUUGGUCAGAGACGAAUGAGGAAUGCUAAAGCUUUCUCUAUGAUGAUCCCAAACAAGAAAGAAGAAAAUGAGAUGACCUCUAGCCUUAAAGGAUGGCCUCAAUUGUCCGAUGGUCGAAUGAAAGAACUAAGAGGUGAUGUUGUUGUGCAGCGUGUGAUCUGCGAGGGCCCCCUACAUUACACUAAGAUAUGCGAGAGUGGUAAGAGGGUUAGGAAGAAUUGGACGUCGGUCUAUGUUGUCCUUAAUGACCUCUUCUUACUCAUAUACAAGGAUAUCAAAGCAUACCACUCAUCUAGAGGACACCCUGAAGUGACUUUGGAUCUGAAUGGUGCGGAGGUGAGCUCUGGUGAAAAAGUGUCAGGAAGGAAACAUGUCUUACUGUUCAGCACCCAACAAGAACUGGGCCACAAGGUUGCGCUUCAAUGCGAGAACAUUAACAGCGCGCUACAUUGGGCCACUACCAUCCAGCAUACUAUCAAUAGUCUUCCAAAAGCAACCGAGUCUGUGAGGAAUGCAAAACUUGGGAUGAUAACUGAAGGGGCCUCUCCUGAAGAUCUUUCUAAGAAAGGUGGAAAUAUAGGCCGAUCUAAAUCUGUUAAUUUUAAAAAUAAAGAUGACAGCAUGGAAGACCUAGGUGUAAGUAGUGCAGAAAGGCAGGUGAAAAUUAAAGCAAGACUGAAAAAGUUCUUCCAUAAACGUCCAACUAUGGAAUCUCUUGUGAAGAAGGGGAUUUGGAAAGACGAACCUGUUUUCGGUUGCUUCUUGGAGGCUGCGUGUAGUUCUUCAGAUUCAAGUAAUCCAAAAGUUCCAAAAUUUGUACAAAGGUGUAUUUCUAUUAUUGAAAGGUUGCCAGAAAAUAUGAAAACUGAUGGUCUUUAUAGGGCUUCAGGAAAUCUUUCCCAAAUUCAAAAAAUCAGACUGCAGAUUGACCAAAACCAUUAUGAAAUUCUUGAAAAGGAAGAAGAUGUACAUGUUUUGACUGGUGCCCUUAAAUUAUUCUUUCGGGAACUGAAAGAGCCCUUAAUACCUUGCAAGUUGUUUACAAAAGCCAUCAAAGCCAGUACAACGCCAAAUAGAAAAGAACGGAUAAGUAUGUUCCAGGAUAUUGUAAAAGCUUUACCACCAAUCAAUAGAGAAACUCUAAAAUUCUUAUUGCAGCAUUUACUUAGGGUGACACAGUUUCAGGAGCAUAACAGAAUGCAUGUCGCUAACGUGGCUAUAGUAUUUGGUCCAACUCUAAUGUGGCCUGAACAGGAAUCGACAAACAUGGCACUCGACCUCAUGCAGCAGAAUAUGGUCAUUGAAGCUCUGCUAAUAGAUUAUCAAAGUAUUUUUAAGUAGGGCUGCAAAUACCAAUACACUUUUAAAAUUAUUCCAAAGAUAUAGAUAUGCGAAUUGCCUUUUUAAAUGCUGUUGCAUAUUAUUAUUACUAAUUAUUUGUUUUCUUUCUUAUUUUUUAAUUGUUAAUAAAAAGGAUGGAGCUUUGAAAUGUAAAUUAGAUUUUUGUUAUUGUUGUAAAAUUGUGGAAAAAUCCUCUUUUUUUUUUUUUUUUUAAAUUAUCUCCAUCGUCUUUUUUAAAUUGUUGAGGUCUGCCAAAGAAUUAGAAAGAUUUAUUAUAGAAGAACAUAGCUCAAGAUGGGAACAGCUUUUUAUACAUUUUUUAAAUAUUGUUAUGUAGUUCCUAUUUGUGACCCUUUUGGAGCCAACAAACAUUUUUUUGAAGUUCUUAUUGUUGUUUGUAAUUAUUUUCUUCUUGAUUAUGUACUUUUUGUUUUAAUUGUUUUCGAAUUCUCCUGGCCGUCUUCUGGAAGUGAUAUAUUGAGAAUGAACCGUGCUUUAACAUUCUUUUAAGUCAUUCCAUAGUAAUGUUAAGACUAAGCCAAUAUAUUAUAAAAGUACUACUUAGUCCAUGUAGUUGAUAAGUUAACGUAAGAAAGUGAUCUUAUAUAUCUACAGCUUCCAAACUUUGUAAUAAGUCAGGGGAUGAAGUAUAAUGUUUGUAAAUAUCUAGAUGUUGAGUAGAGCUAUUCUAAAAGAAAGUAUAUAUAAAUAAAUAAAUAUAUGUAUAUUUUUUAUGCACGCAUGUCAUGAGAAUAUUUUGAACUAAUUGGCUGUUGUUUAAAGUAUUAUUUAUGUACCUACAAACAAUAAAAAUUGAUAAGCUUAUAGAUUUCGCAAAAUAAAUAUUUGUUACAUCAGAUAUAAUAUAUAAAACCUUGUUACUAGUUAUACAGACUCGAUAUAUAAAUAAAUUGUUAUAAAUAUGA